AUGGCCUCAAAAUCAAUGGUUGCAUUUUUGAUGGUUAACCUAGCCUUAUUUGCACUUGUGUCAGCUGCUCCUCGUCCAACUACAACUAGUUGCCCUGACCUAAAUGUGUGUGCAGACAUUGCUGGUUCACUAAGGGAUGUCAUUCCUGGUAGACAAUCAGAAAGCCAAUGCUGUCAACGCCUAGCUAGCGUUGUCAAUGGUGAUGCGGCUAAUUGCCUCUGCAGUAUCCUCAGAACACCCGCUCCAGGACUAGAACCAUCUCAAGGACUAGGCAACAUUGUCGGUACCGCCCUUGGUCUUGUUAACAGCAUCAUUGGUGGCUUCUUGGGUGGUUUCUUUGGCGGUUACCCUAAAGAACUCCCUCUAGAUAUUGUUGCCACAGAACUCCAUGCCAUCUUUAGAGUCUGUGGACUUGACACUCCUGCCCACUAUGAUUGUCCUCGUCUUUAUUAA